AUGCAGCGGCCCAUGUCGGAGGAGGACACCUUGGCGGAUGAUUUGCCUCCAAGCAUCGCUGUGCAGUACCGCAUUCUGCGGAAGUUGCUUCCAGGCCCCUCGGCGAAAUGCCAUCAGGCGGUGAGUGUGAUGGACCCAGCGGUGCGCCGCCGUGCGCCAGCACGGUCGACGCGACGCGAAAGCACUCGCCGGUGCUCUAGCACCGGCCCUGCGAAGUCUUCAACGGCGUCGGCGCUGUCGUCCUUGUGUUUAGGCAACGACCAUUGGAGUGAUGACGCAAAAGUGAAGACGCUGCGCGAGAUUGAGCUUGGGGGGCCGAUCUUUGACCAGCUGCUUGAAAUGCGCGCAACUCACGGCCGUAUUGAGGCGGCGUUUGGGGAUCGUUGGCGAGACACGUGGCGCACGUUUGCCGAGUUUGAAUCGAUGCACCGAUGCUUGAUAGAAACGAUGGCAGGGUGGUUUUUUGAGGCCUUUUCACUGUUGCUAUUUGAUGGUGUGUUCAGGCAACUUGGGGAGCAGACGCAGCGUGCGACAGUGGCGGAGAAGAGGGUAAAUGAGUUAGAGCGAAAUACCGAGGAGCUUUGGAAGUAUAACGGAAUGCUGGAGGAUCGUCACGGGCAGUCGCUUCGGAUGCGGCAGCUGGAGGAGGACGACAUGCGACGAGACAACGAAGAGGUACGCCGCACGCUGGAGGUUUGUCAGGAGGAACUCUGUGAGUCGCGGCAGGUCAUCGCGGCUCUUGGGAGGAAGCUGCGGGAGGCGGAGGCUGCCUCCAAGGCGCCGUUGCAUGCAUUGACGGAAGAGUUUGAAAAACUGAAGGCCCAGUAUCGUGACCUGGUGGAUGCCCAUGGGCACACGCCGCCAACCACAGGGGAGGAAGCGGAGGAGCGUGGAUUGGCGGACGUGGGUGAAGACAGGGCGUCUGUCGUGUUGUUGAGGAGGCAGGUAAAGGAACUGCAGCACCAGCUGUCACUGAGGGACACCGAUGUCGGGCUUCUUCAGCAGCAGCUUGGGGAGCUGCGCGAGUUGGUGCGGGAGUUUGGAGUCUCUCAGGCGAAGGUGCAUACGUUGGAGCAGCGGCUCAAGCUUGCCAUGGGGUCUCACCCACAGUAG